AUGGCCGCGAUCGGAAUUAGAUAUUACAAACUCCGCAAUGCGGGCAUCGCCUGUAUCAUCUGGCCACAGCUCAGAAAGGAGAGCAACACUGGCGAAACGGUCUGGGACGGAAGGAAGAAGGACGAGUCCAAGUACAGGUUGGUUAUCAACACGUCUGUUACAGUAGACCUUUCGACAACAGGCAUAUCUCCUGAAACCAAGUUCUUCUUGUCUGAGAACACCUUUUUCGGUACAGACAUGUGGGACUCAAACCAGGCGUUCUUCUAUGAUCCCAAUUCCAACGUCACUGCUUCUACUGUCGCCGAUCAAGAGAUCGAAGAACUUCUAAAUACAUCAUUUGGUGACGAAUUGGACGGUGGAUCUGAUGGCCAAGAGCUGUGGGAGGGAAUAGCUAAGCGGGCGGCAAAACCCAUCCCAAAAGUAAUUGUGGCUGGCACGGAACUUAUCAUGGCUUUCCUCAUCGCCAAGGGCUAUUCCGUGCGCAAGGAGACAAUGACCCUACCCGAUGGUACUUUUAUGACUAUCUGA